GUUUUUGGUAUUAAAAUGUUUUCUGUUCCACCAACCAUUGUGUUGUGGCACAGUUGAGAUGACAGAUACACGUUAGGCUAUUUCGCCCGCAUUAAACUUCCCACUAACAUCGGGGACGGACGAGACAAAAGGUGUGCGACAUUCCAGUUGUUAUUUUUGCUUCUGUGUAUUAUAAAAAAAACAAAAAAAAAAAAAACUCAGGAGCUGCUGUCGGUAAAAGCAGCUAGCGCUAGCUCACUGGUCGGACUGGCGACGAGGCCCCAACCAACCAGACGGACGGUUACACCGUGGAAACUAUGGCCAAUAUUGCUGUUCAGAGGAUAAAACGGGAGUUCAAGGAAGUCCUGAAGAGCGAAGAGACAAGCAAAAACCAAAUAAAGGUAGACUUGGUGGAUGAGAACUUCACAGAACUCAGAGGAGAAAUAGCAGGCCCCCCUGACACGCCAUAUGAAGGAGGUAGAUAUCAACUAGAAAUUAAAAUUCCAGAGACGUAUCCAUUCAAUCCACCCAAGGUGCGGUUUAUCACAAAGAUCUGGCAUCCCAAUAUCAGCUCGGUCACAGGUGCAAUAUGUCUGGACAUUCUUAAAGAUCAGUGGGCAGCAGCCAUGACACUGAGGACAGUCCUUUUGUCAUUACAAGCUUUACUGGCAGCUGCAGAACCAGAUGAUCCACAGGAUGCCGUUGUAGCCAAUCAGUACAAGCAAAACCCAGAGAUGUUUAAACAGACGGCAAGACUCUGGUCUCACGUUUACGCAGGAGCUCCCGUCUCCAGUCCAGAGUACACACGUAAAAUAGACAAACUCUGUGCCAUGGGCUUCGAAAAAAAUGCAGUAAUAGUGGCAUUGUCGUCAAAAUCCUGGGACGUGGAGACGGCAACAGAGCUCCUCCUCAGCAACUGAAUUUGACGCCUGUCGUAUUCCUCCUGAUCCGCACGUCUGUCUCUCCUACAAACUUCUGCUGUCUGAAGGCAAAUCCUGCUCGAUCCUACCCUCUGUUUUACAUCGGACACAUUCCCCUUCUUCUCUUUAUCCCCACUGUGUGACAUCUCACCUGCUGUAUCACACUCCAAUCAUCAACUCUGUCAGUUCAUACCUCUGGAUGAUUAAGGCCACUCACCUUGUUACUUAGUAAUACAAUCAUACAUCCACAUCUGAGUCCUUUUGAAGCAAAGUAGAUGCCAAACCCUGCCCACUUCUGUCAGUCUUUGUCCCAGUUUUCUGGCUCUAUCCAAAAAGCAGCUGUUAGCGGCUUUUCCUUGCCUAUGCAGUGCAUUUAUUUUCAUUCAUGCUAACUUUUCGUUGGAGAGGGUAAAGCCACCUAAGGCAGCUUUUAGUUUUUGGACCUUCUACUUAUUAAGUACACUUUUGGCUCAUUUUUUGAACCAUAGAUUAAAUAUCUCAAUAGAGGGUCUUGAGAACAGACAACAGUUAAUAAAAUAAAUCUGUUUUUUUGGCAUCAACUGGUUGCUGAUAACUGAGAACAUCUUUCUAGCAGUUGUAUUGUAGUGUCAGUAUAUUUAAUUCAAAGGAAAAAGAAAAAACAUCAGAUUGAAAACCAAUGAUUUUUUGCUGUCAUGGAAGAAUUCAGAACAUACUGUAGUACAACCGUGUAGGUCGGCCUGUUCUGCGUUUGUGAAAACAGCUCAUCAAGUGUCUUAGAGGUGUUCUCACAGUAGCCAUCCUCAUGCCAAGUCCCCCCCACCUACCAUCCAUCAGUCAGCGUCUGGCAGCUCCUGUUGGAGAUCCCUCUCCUCCACCUUUGCCACACAUGGAUUUAAAUUACUGCUCUUCAUCUGGGGUUUCUCCUUUUUGUUUUAAAACACUUUUAUUUAGGAAAAUGGAUGCAUUUGAUUUCCUGGUUUUAAUCUGAGAGAAAAGCAAACAAAAUUUAUGUUCAAAUUGAUGUUCAACACAACUUGUGACAAGUCUAGAAGAAUAUGACCUCAUCUUAAUUGCAUCAACAAAUAAAUGUCAAUGACCAAUCUGUAAAUAAAAAGAUUAAAGUCUGUGUAAAUUAAUCUG